CCCUCAGCUGAUCCUAGAUCACCAAAUUCCCCUCCAGAAAACUAAUUCUCUCCCUCAUGUUUUAAUCCCCAGGGAGCAGAGUCCCCAUCAUGUGAGAUUAUAUCUGCGAGCUGGGUGGUGGAAGCGGGGGUGGAGAGGUGGGACGUCCUCUUUGACAGAGGAGGAGAGGACGAACAAGAAGGAAAAGAAGGAGGAGAGGAGAGGGAGUGGGGUGGGCUCCGGGAGGACAAGUAGACCGGUCCACCGCAAGAAGUGACUUCAAACACGCGCGAGGCUCGCUGCAGGAGCGCUCAAACUCCGGCCGCCAGUCGUCGUCAUGCGCCUCGGCUUUUAAAAGCGUCCCGGCUUCUGCUGCUGCAGCUGAAGAGGGAACAACUUGCUGUCGGUGACUCUUUUUUCUUAACAGAGUUUUGUGUCCAGCCGGUAGAGCUCUGAGCACGCGAACAGGAAGGAGGUGGAUAACCCACUUCUCCAGGUUUCGGCAUUGCGCCGCAUUCCAGUCCGGCGCGCAGCGCUCAGGAGUCGGACCCGGUGCGCUCCGUCUCCCCGCUCCUUCUGAAGACUCCCGGAUCUUUUCUGUUUGUGUUCAAAGCACCAAUAAUGCACAGAGAGACCCGCUUUCAUUUAAGAUAGAUACACUCGAACACAAACACACACACAUCCCGUUUUUUUCCUUCUGACUGGAUUUGGAUUAAAUCCUCUUUUUUGUACGAUCAUGUGUGGAUGGUGGAUAUUUGUUGGCGCUCUGGCUGGGAUCCUCACCGUCCCCCGUGGGAUUCACGGAGCUUGUAUCUAUGAAGGAGCGCUGCAUGCGAACAACACGUCAUGGAGGCCGCAGUCCUGUCAGGAGUGUACCUGCUAUGGUGAUGUGGCCAUCUGUGGGCCCACCCACUGUCCCAACCCCCACUGUGACCUGCAGAGGGGCGAGCAUUUGAGGAUCCCCACCAACAAGUGCUGUCCAGAGUGCGCCUCCUCAUCCCAGGGCUCCUGCCAGUACGAAGGAGUCAUUUAUGGACAUGACAGUCAGUGGAGUCCCUCGCCUUGCUCAGUGUGUACUUGCUCCGGAGGGAGCGUAUCCUGCAGCACUCGCCCCUGCCCACAUCUCACCUGUCCCGGGGAUCAAAGCCUGUUCACCCCAGCCGGGGAGUGUUGCCCCAAGUGUGCCAGCAAUGGAGAGUCUUGCUCUUGGCAGGGGAUCGUUUACCGGGAUGGAGAGGAGUGGAAGCCCAGCCUCUGUUCCAGAUGUGUCUGCAGCAAUGGAGAGGUCCAGUGUUCAGUAGCAGAGUGUCAGCAAGUGGCCUGCAAACCGCAUGAGAACUUGGUGAUCCAGCCAGGAGAGUGCUGUCCCCAGUGUGUGUCCAACCCUUGUCUGUCAGCUGGAAAACAGUACCAGCACGGUGAGCAGUGGCAGAAGAACACCUGCACCACGUGCGUGUGUGACCGGGGUCAAUCUAAAUGCCACACUAAAACCUGUCCACCCAUAACCUGCGACAAGGUGAGUAGUCUCAUGCACACAAAUGCACGCGCACAAUCGCUGACAUUCGGUUUUAUGCAGAAGUCGCCACACACUGACAGUAUCAUGCAUCUUUUCCAUAACCUUGCUCGAUGGAGUGAUGGCAGUUGUCGUGAGUGCGAAUGCCACGAUGCCCAGGUGACUUGUUAUCUGAGAUCCUGCCGUACCUGCCCUCUGGGCACCCUGGCUGUCAUUCAGGACGGCCAGUGUUGCCCCGAGUGUCACCAAGUCCAGUGCCACGCAGACUGCCUGUCGUGCUCGGGAACGCCUGAUCACUGUGACAGCUGCAGGGACCCACAGGCCUUACUUCAUCUCGGCCGCUGCCUGUCCGUCUGUCCAGUGGGCUUCUACGCCGAAGGACGAGUAUGUGCAGCCUGCCAAUCAUCCUGUGCCACCUGUUCCAGCAGGUGGGAUUGUCAGUCCUGCGGCUCCAGGCUGCCCCUGCUGAACCCCGAUAGGAGUCAGUGCCUGGCUUCCUGUCCACCUGGUUCCUAUCAGCACGACCCAACACACUGUCGCUACUGUCACGAGUCGUGCUCGGAGUGUCGUGGGCCGAGUCAGCAGGAGUGCGUGUCGUGCUCAGACCUGGUCGCCUUGCUGAAAGACGGGGCGUGCGUCCUUGACUGUGGCGCAGGUUUCUACAGUCGAGAAGGCGUCUGCCACGCCUGUGAUUCGUCCUGUGCCUCCUGUUUUCCCGACAACCCCAAAUGUAUGAGCUGCCCACCGGGGACUGCCUUGCAUCAUGGGAAAUGUCUCAGCCAGUGUCCAGCUCAGCAUUACCUGGACAGCCAAAGCAGAUGCAGAGCCUGCCACAGCUCCUGUGCCUCCUGCUGGGGUCCCUCGGUAUCCCAGUGCACCUUGUGUCCAGGCGGACUACUUCUCCACCAGGGCCAGUGUGUGGAGGCCUGUGGGGAGGGGCUGUAUGCUCAGGACUACACCUGCCACAACUGUCAUCCCUCCUGCCGUUCUUGUGUGGGACCCCUGGCCUCAGACUGCCUCGGCUGCCUCAAACCGGAGGAAGCUCUUCUUCCGCAAUCGAGUCACCUUCAGCACAGCGUCUGCACAGCUGGGUGUCCCACGCGCAGCUUCCUGGAUGACAUGCAGACAUGCAGAGAGUGUCAUCCCUCCUGCUGGCAGUGUGCUGGGCCAUCUGCAGACAACUGUACGUCCUGUCCCUCCCCGUCCAGCCUGUACGAGGGCCGCUGUGUCCCCACAUGCCCACAAGGCUUCCUUAUUCAGGACAACCAAUGCCAAGCGUGCCAUCCCUCCUGCCAGACCUGCUCCGGUCCCUCCCAGGCCGACUGCAUCGCCUGCCCCCCGCUGGUGUCCCUGCAGAGUGGCCACUGCAGGGCAAACUGCCAAGAGGGGCAUUUCCUUAAUGCCAUCUCUGGAGAGUGCGUCAAGUGCAGCUCGGACUGCCAGCGCUGCACAGCAGACCUCCAGACGGGCGUCGGCAGCAUCUGUCUGUGGUGCAAAACACCAAGAAUGUGGCUGCUGGGCGAUCACUGUGUCUCUCACUGUCCUCUGGGUCAUUAUGGCUGGCAUGGAGCCUGCAUCAAAUGCCAUCCAUCAUGCGAGGCCUGCAGUGGGGCUGGGCCGCUCUCUUGUACUUCCUGCCCUGCCAACGGCGUUCUCUUGCCAUCUGGACUCUGUGCCCCCAAAUGUCCCCUUGGAUACUAUAACAAUGGCCAAAGGAUCUGCCAGGCAUGUGACAGCCAGUGCCUGACGUGCGAGACGCCCGGGGUUUGUACGUCCUGCCGUGACCCGGCCAAGGUGCUGCUGUUCGGAGAAUGCCAGUACGACAGCUGCGCCCAUCAGUACUACCUCAACACCACGACCCGCACCUGCAGAGAGUGUGACUGGAGCUGCAAUGCCUGUAAAGGCCCCCUGAGGACUGACUGCCUGCAGUGCAUGGAGGCCUACGUGUUGCAGGAGGGAGUGUGCACGCAGGGGUGCUCCUUUGGCUCCUAUCGGGACGGAGACAGAUGCCUCGGCUGUGAUGAUCACUGUUUGGACUGUCGAGGUCCUGGACAGUGCCAGGAAUGCCAGCCUCCCUACGCCAUGCUGCACGGCCAGUGUGUGCUCGAAUGUGGCAGAAACUACUUCCUGGAUGCAUCUUCCAAAGCUUGCAAAUCUUGCUCGUCCGACUGCGUGCUCUGCGACGGGAACGGACUCUGCAGAGCUUGUCGUAAUCAGACCUACCUCAUGGAAGGAUACUGCACUCCUGACUGUGGACAUGGAUACUACGCAGACCAGAAGACCAGGACCUGUCACGUGAACGCCCACACACCUGCCCUCCAUGUCAACGGGUCCCUGCUGGUUCCCUUUGAUGGUUUUGCCCCGCUGCUCCCCACCCUGCUGCAGGUGAAAGACCCAGACAGUCCGUCUGAGCAGCUGAUCUUUCAGCUUGUUCAGAAGCCGAGUAACGGACGGCUGGUCCUGUUCAGAGGGGAAGAAGGCGAAGAGACGGGAGGCCGAGAAAUAAAGAAGGACGACACGUUCACGUGGGCAGAGCUGAGGCACGGUCGGGUCCGAUUCCAAUACCAGAGAGACAAAGACAGGAGCGGUGAGUUCACCUUGCGUGUUGCUGAUCCCCAGCUGUUUUCCCAACCGAAAACAAUUCAAGUCCGAGCCGUGUCCAUGCAGCCCCCGAUCGUCGUGACUUUCUCUCCUCUUACCGUGGAGGGCCGUGGCAGCCUGGCAACCAUCACCAAGUCGGUCCUGCAGGUCGACGACCCUGACAACGCAGCCGAUGUUCUGGUCAUGGUGCUUGAGCCGCCCCGCUAUGGCCGGCUGACCCGUCUCCACAGCGACCGUGCUCUCAGCCGAUUCAAGCUGGAGGAGCUGUCACGGGAACAGAUUCAGUACAUCCACGACGGCUCGGAGGGGGCAGAGGACGGGGCGGUGCUGCAGGUCAACGACGGCCACAGCUACAAGAAUAUUCUGCUCAGAGUCCAAAUACACCACAAGCCUGGAGACUCUCCUCACAUGCAGUCCAUCCCAGUGACCUGGGUGAAAGAGGGAGGCAUGGUGCGACUCGAUAAAAAGUACCUGCAGACAGACUUCAAAGGAGUCAGCACUGAUAACAUUGUCUACAGCAUCCUCCCCUCAGAGGGCCAACCCAAAUAUGGUGAGGUGUUGCUGGUGUCCAUGCCGGCUGACGCCCCCCCAGAGGGUUGGCUUCCCUCGCUAACAGAUGACCGCAGCUUUACAGCAACGACUUCCUUCACGCAGCAAGACGUGAACGACGGCGCGGUCUGGUACCGCCACUUUGGCACCGGCAGCAGCGGUGACUCCUUCCUGUUCCAGGUUUCCACAGAGGCAGAACCAGUCGUUCAGAGCGAUGCUCAGACCUUCACCAUAGGAGUCAUGCCUCAGAUCCCAGGAUUCCCACAACUGGCCCCCGACUGCGACCUACAGAUCACGGUGAGAGGAAAACACGUGACAGAGAUAACGCCUUCAGCGCUGUCCUUCGUCGACUCUGAGACUCCCAGCGAGAAGCUCGUCUACAGUAUCACCAAACCUCUACCAUCGGGACAAGGGACCAUCGAGCAUCGGGACAGGCCAUACACACACGUGCAACAUUUCACUCAGGCUGAUGUGAAUAACGGCAAGAUCAUCUACAGACCACCGCAGGCUCCAUCACACCUCCAGGAGCUCUACCAGUACUCCUUCACCGGCCUGCCGGAGUCGCUGAGCGUUUAUUUCACAGUGUCAGAUGGCGAGCACACCACGCCUGAGCUGGACUUUGCCGUCCUGCUGCUGACAAACCACCAGCAGCCGCCGGUGUUUCAGGUUCUGGACCCGCUGCUGGAGGUCAGCCUCAGAGGACAAGCUGCCAUCGGCGGUCAGCAGCUGGCCGUGAGCGACGUUGACACGGCUCCAGAUGAGCUGGAGUUCGAGGUGGUAGAAGCUCCCGUCCAUGGAGAGCUGAUAAAGACUGACGGCAACACAAAGAUUCGCAUGACUAAUGGUGACACCUUCACUUUCAGCGACGUCACCCGCAAUGUCCUGCUCUACCACCACUCCGGGCUCUCCACCCAAGAUGAUGCCAUCACCUUCUCAGUUAGCGACGGUAUCUCCAUGGCUGCCACAGUAGUGCAGGUGGUGGUUCUAGGCGCUGGAGGCAGCGGGCCACAGCAGGACCCCAUCGCCACGCUCUCGCUGGAAGUGGGCGAGAAAAGCAGCACUGUCAUCAGACGCUCACACCUGGCUUACACAGAUGACUCAUCUCCAGAUGACCAGAUUCGACUCCAGCUGGUGUCGGUGCCAAUGUACGGCAUCCUGACCAGGAGCCAGUCCCAGCAGGAGCACCAGGAGCUGAGGGAGUACUCCUCCUUCACAAUGGAGGACAUCAACAAGCACAGGAUCAGGUACAUCACUUCAAUAGAGACGGGAAGUCAGCCAGUGACUGAUAUCUUCCACUUUGUUGUUUAUGAUGGAGACAACAAUCGCCUUGACAACCAGAUAUGUACCAUCACCAUCACCUCCGCACCAAGACAGCCGCCGUUGGUCACUGUCCGCAGCAGCAUCAAGGUCGAGGAAGGCGGUCGCGUGCAGCUGUCUACCAAUGACAUUACAGUGUCAGAUGUGGACACGCCCCCGAAGGACCUGCUGAUUUGGCUUGUCAGCCCUCCUAAAUAUGGUUUUAUUGAGAACACCAGGACAGGAAGCUCUGUUGGCGGCUCACAUGUCGUCACCCCUGACGUGCCUUUCUCUGUGGAGGACCUUACAUCUGGCCAUAUCUCUUACGUCCAGGAGAGCCAGCUUAAACCUCAAACCAAGCAGGACAUCUUCAGCGUCUACAUCAGCGACGGGCUCAGUCAGACGGAAGCUUUCAGUGUGGAAAUUGACAUCCAGCAGAGUAAAGAGGACAAAGAGCCGGUGGUGUCCGUCAGCAGCAUCCAUAUAGAGGAAAACUCUGGAGUUGUCAUCACCAACUCAUCUCUCAGCGUCCACGAUCAGGACACACCAGAGAACGAGAUCCUCUUCACUAUUAUCAGAAUUCCCAGCUAUGGCAAGCUCCGCAGGCGGCAGUUCUACUCCCAGCCACUGGAGAACGGUCGCGUCCUAACGCAGGGCUCCACCUUCACCUAUCAGGAUGUGGUGGAUCAGCUGCUGGUUUACACGCCUGAAACUGUCAGCGGGGGAGCAGACGAGAUGGCCUUUACCCUCACCGAUGGCAUUCACACCCACACGGGCCGCCUGGAGUUCACGAUGGACGUCACGAGGAGCGAGGGACCUCGAAUGACCGUCAACAGAGGACUGCAGCUUCCAGCAGGGUCAUCAUCUAAGAUCACAGAGCAGAAUCUGAAAGGUACUGACAUCGACUCAGACCACCUGAAGCUCCGGUACAUCUUGACCAAAGACCCCCCAGUCGGCAAGCUGCAGCUCAACAGGAGCAGCCGAGCAGAGAGAGUUUCUGUGAGAGGUCCCAUUCAGAGCUUCACUCAGGAGGACGUCAACAAAGGCCUGCUGCAGUACAGCCACGAGAAGGGGGAGAAAGGAGGAAGCCUGUCGUUCAAGUUCAACCUGCUCGAUCCGGAGGGCAACAAACUGAUCGACCAGUCCUUCUUCAUCAGUGUGCUCGAGGACCAUCUCCCUCCAUCUGUAGUGGUAAACAAAGGCCUGGUGCUUGAUGAAAACUCAGUGAAGAAGCUGACCACGCUGCAGCUGUCAGCCAGCGACCAGGACAGCGAGCCGGGCGAGCUCAUCUACCGUGUCACCAAACAGACGAGCCUGGGGCACCUCGAGCAUACUGCCAGUCCAGGCACCAGGAUCAGCACCUUCACACAGGCUGACCUGGCAUCACGCAGCAUCCAGUACGUCCACAGCAGUGAAGAAGAGAAACAUGCUGACCAGUUCUCCUUCACUGUGUCCGACGGGACAAAUGAGGUUGCCCAGACUUUCUACAUCACCAUCAAGCCUGUGGACGACUCCCUGCCUCUUCUUCAGGUCCCUGGCAUGAGGGUGCAGGAGGGUGUAAGAAAGACCAUCACUGAGUUUGAGCUGAAAGCCACCGAUGCGGACACAGAGGCGGAGUCCGUCGUCUUCAGCAUCGUCCAGGCUCCUCGACAUGGCACCAUUGAGCGCACCAUCAACGGCCAACAUUACCGACAGACCAGCAGCUUCACCAUGGACGACAUCUACCAGAACCGCAUCAGCUACAACCACGACGGCUCCAACUCGCUCAAAGACCGCUUCACCUUCACCGUGACCGACAGCACCAACCUGCUCUUCAUGGUGGAGGACGACGGAAAAGAGAUAGUGACAGCCGCUCCCCAGAAGUUCAAGAUAGAUAUCCUGCCAGUUGAUGAUGGAACGCCGUUAAUUUUCACCAACCUGGGACUGCAGUGGCUGGAGUACAUGGAUAACAAGGCCACCAAUCUGAUCACCAAGAGGGAGCUGCUGACCAUGGACCCGGACACAGAUGAUGGACAGCUGGUUUAUGAGAUCACCACAGAGCCAAAGCACGGCUUCCUGGAGAGCAAACUGAAACCUGGGAACCCCAUUACCACAUUCACACAAGCCGAUAUCAAUCUGGGUCUGAUCCGGUACGUGCUUCAUCAGGAGAACGUCCAGGAAACCAUGGACAACUUCAAGUUCCUGGUCAAAGACAGCAAACCAAAUGUGGUCAGUGACAAUGUCUUCCACAUCCAGUGGUCCCUCAUCAGCUUUGAGCACAAAAGCUACAAUGUGAGUGAGAAGGCCGGCACAGUGGCGGUGACCGUGAAGCGAACCGGUAAUCUCAACCAGUACGCCAUCGUGCUCUGCCGCACUGAACAGGGCAGCGCCACCUCCACGAGCAGCGUCGGAUCCAGACCUGGACAGCAGGACUACGUGGAAUAUGCUGGGCAGGUGCAGUUUGAUGAGCGUGAGGACACAAAGGUGUGCACUAUAGUCAUUAACGACGACAAGGUGUUUGAGGGGAUCGAGAGCUUCCAUGUGGAGCUCAGCAUGCCCGUGUACGCGCUGCUGGGUGGAAACACGCGCGCUGUCGUCAACAUCAACGACACAGAAGACGAACCCACUUUGCAGUUUGACAAGAAGAUUUACCACGUCAAUGAAAGCUCAGGCUUAAUCCAUGCUCCCAUUGAAAGGAAAGGUGAUACCUCCAGCACAGUCUCUGCUCUCUGCUACACCGUAGCCAAGUCAGCACAGGGCAGCAGCCUCCACGCUCUGGAGUCCGGCUCUGACUACAAGAGCCGCGGCAUGACCACCGACAACCGAGUGAUCUUCGGUCCUGGAGUCAGCAUGUCCACCUGUGAUGUUAAGCUCAUCGAUGACAGCGAGUACGAACUGUCCGAGGAGUUCGAGCUGGUGCUUUCAGACGCCUCCGAUAACGCACGCAUGGGCGACGUGUCGGUGGCCAAGGUCAUUAUUGAUGGACCCAACGAUGCAUCGACUGUUUCUCUUGGAAACGCCACGUUUACUUUCAGCGAAGAUGCUGGCACAAUUGAAAUACCAGUGCUGCGUCAUGGCAGCGACCUGUCCUCGCUGACCUCUGUGUGGUGCGCCACCCGACCUUCAGACCCUCCGUCAGCCAGCCCCGGGGUCGACUACAUUCCCAGCUCCAAGAAAGUGGAAUUCAAACCUGGAAAAACUGACGAGACGUGCAGUUUAACCAUCAUGGAUGACAUCCAGAACCCGUCCAUCGAGGGGUCUGAGUCCUUCGUGGUGUUCCUCAGUUCUCCUCAGGGUGCUGUCCUCCAAGAGCCCUAUGAAGCCAACGUCAUCAUCGCGGACACGUUCCAGGACAUUCCUAACAUGCAGUUUGAGAAGAGCUCCUACACCGCGAAGGAGAAGGAUAACCUUCUCCACAUCCCCAUCAUCCGGACCGGCGACCUCUCCUUCAAGUCAUCGGUGCGCUGUUUCACCCGGACCAUGUCCGCCAUGGUGAUGGACGACUUUGAGGAGAGAAGGAAUGCAGAUGAGUCGCGCAUCACUUUCCUCAAAGGAGAGAAGGUGAAAAACUGCACAGUUCACAUCAUUGACGACUCAGUGUUCGAGCCUGAGGAGGAGUUUCAGGUGCAUCUCGGUACACCGCUCAGUGACCACUGGAGCGGCGCCAUGGUGGGAGCCAAUGAUAUUGUCACUGUAACCAUCACCAAUGAUGAAGAUGCUCCCACCAUUGAGUUCGAGCAGGCGUCCUUUCAGGUGAGAGAGCCUCCCGGUCCAGAUGGCAUCGAAGUGCUCAACAUCAAAGUGAUCCGCAGAGGAGAUCUGGACCGAACGUCCAAGAUCCGUUGCAGCACCCGGGAUGGAUCGGCCCAAUCUGGAGUCGACUACAAUCCCAAGAGUCGUGUACUUAAAUUCACCCCGGGCAUGGACCACAUCCUCUUUAAAGUGGAGAUUUUGUCCAAUGAGGACAGAGAGUGGCACGAGUCCUUCUCAUUGGUCCUUGGGCCUGAUGACCCAGUGGAGGCAGUGCUUGGGGAGAUCACAAUGGCCACAGUGACCAUUCUGGAUCAGGAGGCGGCAGGAAGUCUCAUCCUACCUGCCACGCCUAUUGUGGUCUCUCUCGCUGACUACGAUCAUGUCCAGGAGGUGAUCAAAGAGGGCAGCAAGAAGACUCCCUCUCCAGGUUACCCUCUGGUGUGUGUCACCCCCUGUGACCCUCAUUACCCCAAGUACUCUGUGAUGAAGGAGCGCUGUGAGGAGGCGGGAAUCAACCAGACCCAAGUUCACUUCUCGUGGGAAGUGGCGGCUCCCACUGACACCAGCGGCGCCCGAUCCCCCUUUGAGACGGUCACAGAUACAACCCCGUAUACUAGCGUCAACCAUAUGGUUCUGGACAGCAUUUAUUUCAGCCGGCGCUUCCACGUUCGCUGCGUGGCUCAGGCCAGAGACAAAGCUGGACACCUGGGAACACCGCUGAGGAGCAACAUCGCCACCAUCGGCACAGAGGGCUCCAUCUGCCACACACCCGUCACCACGGGCACCGCCAGAGGCUUCCAGGCUCAAUCCUUCAUCGCCACACUCAAAUACUUAGACGUCAAGCACAAAGAGCACCCCAACCGGAUCCACAUCUCAGUCCAGAUCCCCCAUCAGGAUGGAAUGCUCCCCCUGGUUUCCACCAUGCCGCUGCACAACCUUCACUUCCUGCUGUCAGAGUCGAUCUACAGGCAGCAGCACGUCUGCUCCAACCUGGUCACCCUCAAAGACCUUCAGGGGAUCGCCGAGUCGGGCUUCCUCGAUGAUGUAUCGUAUGACAGCAUCUCUCUGGGGCCCGGCUACGACCGCCCCUACCAGUUCAACCCCAACGUCCGCGAGGGCAAGAGCCUCCAGUUCUAUAAGCACCUCAACCUGAAGAGCUGCAUCUGGACCUUCGAUGCCUACUACGACAUGACAGAACUCAUCGACGUGUGCGGGGGCUCAGUCACCGCGGACUUCCAGGUUCGGGACUCUGCUCAGUCCUUCCUGACGGUGCAGGUUCCUCUCUAUGUCUCCUACAUCUACGUCACAGCCCCGAGAGGCUGGGCGUCUCUGGAGCAUCACACCGAGAUGGAGUUCUCUUUCUUCUAUGACACCGUGCUCUGGAGGACAGGUAUCCAGACUGACAGCGUCCUCUCAGCCAGACUGCAGAUCAUCAGGAUCUAUAUCAGGGAAGACGGUCGGCUGGUAAUUGAGUUUAAAACUCACGCCAAAUUCAGAGGUCAGUCAGACUCUGUACGGCAGGGUUUUGUGGAACCCUGAGCAGAACCUGAACGCAGCCUACAAACUGCAGCUGGAGAAGGUUUACCUGUGCACUGGCAGGGACGGAUAUGUUCCCUUCUUCGACCCCACGGGGACUCUGUACAACGAGGGGCCGCAGUACGGCUGCAUUCAACCCAACAAACACCUCAAACAUCGCUUCCUGCUGCUGGAUCGUAAACAGCCCGAUGUCUGUGACAGAUUUUUCCACGACGUUCCUUUCGAGGCUCACUUUGCCUCAGACAUCCCAGAGCUGCAGUCCAUGACGGCCAUGCCAGGUGUUGACGGCUUCACGAUGAAGGUUGAUGCGCUCUACAAGGUGGAGGCGGGGCACCAGUGGUACCUGCAGGUAAUUUAUGUGAUCGGCCCCGAGUCGCGGUCCAACCCCAGGAUUCAGCGCUCUGUGACGUAUCAGCUCAGCCGUUCUAAACGUGACCUGGUGGAUCGCAGCGGCCGGCUGACGCUUGACGAGUCGCUCAUCUACGACAACGAAGGAGAUCAAAUAAAGAACGGCACCAACAUGAAGUCGCUCUACCUGGAAGCCGGGCCCUCCCCCACCUUUAACGCCCACGUGGGCAGCUCCGUGGGGGGAGGUGUGGCCGCCAUCACCCUGCUGGUCCUGGUCCUGCUGGCCUCCUGCUUCCUGUUCCGCCGCUGCCGACGGUUUGCCAAGAAGAAGAGCAAGAAGAAGGAACCAAAAAUCUACGAGGAGUAUCCGCUCAACACCAAAGUGGAGGUGUGCAUGGACAAGUGUGUGGAGAAGAACUUCGGCACCAAGCACUGCACGGUGAGAAACAUCAACGUCCUGAACCGCAACCAGGAGGCCAACAGCAAGGCCAAGGUCAAACAGGUCAACCUGGAGGUCAAACUCCACAACAACCUCAACGACGGCACUGAGGUCUGAAACGCGUGACGAGGAAGGCGAGGAAAAGGUGAAAGUGGAAUUUAAAAAAAGGUAUUUUCUAAAAGAAAGUUUGUACUUAAUGGAAUGAGAGGUUAAUGUAUUUUUAUACCACGUUGAAAAAGGGAAGAGUGUGACGCGCAGGCGACUGGGCUACCUCAGGAAUCCAUAAAACACACAGCUGUGUGAAACAGCCAAAACAUCUGCAUCUGAUCAGCCAAACUUCACCUCAAACUGUGUUCAUUUCAUUACUGUGUUACUUGACAUUUGCAACCUUUUUAGCACCAAAACGGUGAACCGUAGCUCAGACACUGGUGAUUGUUUUUGUAAGAAAAAAAAACACAUUAAAAAAAUUCUUUCUGCUGCAUUUAUUCACGUCACUGCUAUUCAUGUCCCUGCUGUGGAGGGGGAGCCAGUGUAGGAGUCCUCCUUCAGAUGAACGAUGGGAUCAGAAAGUCCUAGAACAGGCCUUUUAAAUGUCUCCCUUUCAAGAUCAUCUUCUGGAGCAUAGCCAAAUCUAUAUUUUAAAGUUGCUCCCCGAGCUCCUGCUACAUCACUACUUACUGUUCAUGUAUUUCCUGAUGGAUGGAUCCUCCACCCUUGGGUAGAUGUGGGCAUCGUGCGCCUGCAUUUCUGCCGUGUUCUCUAGAAAUGCAGCAUGGUUGGAAAAUUGUUGGAAUUCAUUGACUGUGGGUCAAAUAUCAAUGACCCGUCUGCCGGUCGACCAGGAAAAAGAAUAGACAGUCAAUGAGAAAAGUGCUUCUGCCAAGUUCCAAACCAUAAACUGUCAGUGCUGCAGUCCCGGAUGCUCAUGCAACUACCCCAACUUCACAGUAAGACUACAACUUUGUGAUCACUAGCAGUAGUGCUAGCAGCCCUGUUGUUGAGGAAAAGAGUGCCUGAUUGUUGAAUACAUUCACCAUUUUCCACAUACACACAGUUCAAACAGUCAGCUCCUGCCAUGAAGAGCUGUUUUUCUUUAAAUGAAAAGGAACGUAAUAAAAACCCAGCUCUCGUCACCAGCAGCAGGUUUUCCAGAAACACUUCCUCCGGCUGGUCUUGAGGCGUUCCUGAGCUGGAUCUCUCCAAUUAGUUUUGGGCGUGCCCAGUAAACCUCCAAUAGUUGGUAGGCAGUCUCCAAACCUCCUCAGCUUCUCCUCUGGUCUGAACCACAUCGCACAUAUCAGGAGUUAAAUCAUCUGUUUCAUCAUCAGAUGAUCAUCAAAAGGCUUCACAAAGACACAAAGAGAGCGGCUUGUGUCAGGACGCCUGUCAGUUAUUGUGGCCACGCCCUUAAUUCCAAUAUCCAAAAACACACAAAACAAUUGGCAUCUUAUUAUAAAUGUAAACUACCAAUAGAAGCAAGGCUGAAAAUGUGCUUUUAAUGCUGUUAAGUUGGGCAUUUUUGCAUGGAGGUCGAUGGGUUUGACUCGCUUUUGGAGCCAUCGUCAAGACUCCAGGCCAUCCCGUCCUGCCCUGGCUCCAUGAGGGGGCCUCAGUUUUCCAUCUCAUGGCAGAGGUUUACCGUCUCUGAAUUAUCUGCUUCACUGAGGGAUUUUUGAAUUCUAUACCUGAGGAUAACGAGUUUAUUCGUGUUCAAAUCAGGGCUUCUCUAGAAGAUGACCUUUAAUGUGACAUCAGCCAAAUUUAAAGCAAUGUUUUCAUGUUUUGGGGUUUUUUGGCUUAAAAGCUGGAACUUUCUGAUCCCCUCUUGUAUUACUAGUGUUGCUCAGUGAUUCUGCAGAUGAAUUAAACAUCAAAAUUCUGGCUCCACAAAAAAGAAACGUCCUUCAGAGAAACCUCUACACGAGCUACAGCUGCUGUUAAAGUGUUUGGCACGUCCGGUGUGCUGCUAUCGCCCGAGAAUGAAUGAGUGUAAAUAACAAAAAUGAAUGACAACCUUUUCAAGUGCAAUUAUGCCAUCUCUUUUGUUAUUUCUGCCUUCAUUAGCAGGAUUUGCAUUUAAAAAAUAAACCUGUUUUUAAGCCUUACUUAGAGACAUUUGUACUGUCACGUUGCUCAACACCAGUUCUUAAUUUUUGAGUUUGUACUGUGCUCUGACAGCUGCCAAUAUUAAGUGCCAUGCAGUAUUUUUCCUCAUGAAUUUCAGAAUAAAUCACCCAAAGUUUUUGUUUUUUUCUGUGACAGUGUACGUAGAUUUUCACUGAUCCCGUCCACACGAUCGACUGCUUCAGCCUUACUGUUGUCCUAAUGAAAAUAAUCACUUAUAGGAGAUAUGUGUCUACCUGCCUUUGUUCUGCCCAAAGACACAGAAUCCAUUUUCUCACAUCGCUCAGAUAAUUAUUUGUAUUCAUUUAUGUACUUUUAUGUUACCCUCCUGUGAUGUAUUAUGUUACCACUCAGCUACUGAUGUACCUGUAUUAUUUUUUUAAGUGUAUGACACUGGUUCGAGUGCACUGCUGAAGAAAAACACGUUUGUUCUCAUGUGAUGCGUCUUUCUCGCUGAUCCCACCUCCUGUCAUCUUCCCACUGUGUGCCUAUCAAACUACACGGGAGUGGGGAAUUAUGGGAAUGACAUUAUGUUUUUGGUGCUAUCAUUUUGUGGAAAAUGACAACAAUGCUAUCAAUACUGAUGCCUGUAUUUGGUGCCUUUUUUAGUAAUAAAAAAUAAUCUGAAACUCA